AUGGCCAGCCAUGAGGACAAACCCCUGCCGGAGCUCCCGCAACGACCCAGUCCCACGAACUUGACCAUCGAGAGUCGCGCGCAUCUCCAGCGAUUCAUACUGCGCGCCCUCGACGACCAAGGCAGCUCCACGGACCACGAGCAAUGGGCCGACGCACUGCAUAACGCGCUGCAGGAGCUGGGCGAUAGCAUUACCCGCGGCGGGUGGUUGCCCGGACUGAGACGCGCUCGGAGCCUCAGGUCGAGACGAAGACACGAGGAGCGUGUGCAGCGGUUACGCGAGAGGGAGGAAAAGGGGAGAGAGGAAGGCGAAAGGGAAAGGACAAAGGGCAAGUCGAAGGAAGGCGUUGGGGACAGCGAGCAGGCGGCCAAACUAUCCUCGUCCGAACGCGGUUCCCCUCGUCUUGACAACUCCGAGGACUCUCGCGACGUGAAGCUUGGCCAGCUGCGUGCACUUGUCGGGGGGCAUCUGCGGCCUCUUGUUCCGAAGCCGUCCGCGAAGCACCUUCUCCUAACGGUCGAUGCAUUUGGGACUGCGGACCUACGUCUUGACGGCAGUAUCGACGGCCGUGUCGCGGAAUGCACAUUCAUGACGAACGUAUUCUCUAUUAAUGGCCCUAGCGGGGAAGACGCGUCUGAACAGGUGCUAUAUGGGUUGGACGAAUGGGACGCACAUCUGAACGACUCUUCCAAUGACUCUUCCGUGCAGGUCGUUGGAGGCGCCUUUCACUUUGGCGGUGUCACUCAUGCAGAACAACACGAUGCGCUCUGCAGAGUCCUCCGUCUUGGUCUCUACGUCUACCUCUCGCUCGUGCUCGAGCAGCACCUGCUCUCUAACUCACACAUCCAGUUGCACUUUCCCCGGCCGGCGACCAAACCGAAACUCUCGUUGCCGCUUGUGCCGUCGUUCAGUCUGGACCGGGGCCCGACGCAGGACGAGAAGCAGGGACAGAAGCGCGAGGGCGCGGUGGCGGGCGGGCUGUGGAACUUCUUCUCGAAGAAGACGGAGACGCUGCUGCACCGUGCAGCCAGCGUCGGGCCGUCAUUGGUGCAUCGAGGCUCGGCUGAGCUCCCGUUGACGCGUUCACAAGGCGAGCCGCGCACGUCUGUAGACGAAUUGGGCCAGCAAGGGGGUAGAAUAUCGCUCGACGCACACGGCAGUGACGGGGUGGCCCGCGAGCGCCCCUUCACUGCGACGCUACGCCAACUUGAAGGCUCGAAAGACCUGCUGACGACGAGCCCAGGGAUGGCUAUGCCAUUGCCGGACGUGCUUGUCGGUAUUGCAGGGCGCGAGAAACGGGAUCCACUGCGCAAGCUGUCGGGCGAUGACAAGGCGGCCCUAUCGAGCGUCCUCGGAUGGGAAGGCAAGGACGUGUUGGGCAGAGGGAUGACGGGCACGGCUGGGUUUGUGCGUCAUCAGGGCUUGUCCGUGUUGUUCUCGACACAUGUGCCUACGCCGCUGGUCGCACCGCAGGCUGCGGCACCAUCUGGCUCGGUAUUGUCAGUGCCAAGCACCAUAGCGCCUAUACAGAUGACUUCUUGCGGGACCCGGCGCAAGUGCGUUACCUUUCGGUACUACCAACGGGAUGGCGAGGCAGACGAGACACUCGGUGAGAUGGUCAUGAACGCAUGUGCGCGCGCCGACGAGUUGUGUGACAAGCCGGGCUGCCCGUUCAUGCGCGGCGAUCAUGACAGCAGGUGGAUCCACGCAGGCAUCCGCGUCGUCGCGACUGUAGGCUUGCCCUCGUCAGGCGCGGGCGACGACGACGGGAUCAUUAUGUGGGAGCAAUGCGCGAUCUGCGGACGGCAGACACGUAGGGAGCGCAUGCAUGACGGAACCUACCUGUUCUCGUUUGCAAAGUAUCUCGAGUUGCUGAUAUACUCGCCGGUGAUAUACACGAUCGCGCCGCCGCUGUGCGAGCACACACGGCUGCCCGCGCGCCCCUGGUCCGCGGAAGACACGCCUGUCCCGCGCAGUCGGUUCAAUGUACACCGCAAGUUUGCGUAUAGGUCACGCGUUGUGACAUUUUCGCUGUCCCCUGUCGAUGAUAUCUUCGAGCUGCGAGCCCCACGCUUGCAGAUUGUACGGCGGAGAGCACCGGAAAAAGCUGCGGAGAAGGACGCACAACCCGCCGCGGCGGGAGUCCCACUAGUAUUCACAGAAGAUGACCGACGGUCGUUGCGACUGGAGAUCAGGGGCUGGUGGCAAGGGCUCUCUGAACAUAUCGACGAACUUGAAGCGAAUUUCGUCAGUGAUAAGGGGAGCACACGGACGAAGACGCUGCCUCGCCUGCCGUCCGAAGACGACGCGUAUAACGUUUCCGAUGAGGCAGGCCUUGCUACCCCGAAGCCCUCUAUGUCGCGCCUUCCGUCGUCAGCAUCGUCAGCGUCAUCCGCACCUACUGUUACGCCCACUACUCACGACGCGGCUGCGUCCACCAGCAGGCCGACCCUUACUGCUGUCACCACCUCCGAGUCGGUGUUUUCCACCAGGUCAUCCAGUUCCUGCGAACUUGAUUCGAUGUCGCUGCUCUCCAGCCUGCGGCAUGCCUUUCAACGAGCAGAACAGACACUGUACACUGAGCUAUCACGAACACCGACAGCUUCGUUGAACGAUGUCCGCCGUUCGUUCGUGACGGCCGCCCGAGGCGCGUCCAAGCGACUGUCAGCAUGGGAGGCCAAGCAUUCGUCGCAGUUCCCGAAAGGGUUCAAGGCGUCUGGCAUGCCUUCCCUUGUGGAGCCCGAAUGGUGGAAGGCCGGCUGCCACGCCGUGCCGGGCGGUAAUGUGAUAGUCAGGGAGGACGAUUGGGGAUCCAUCAUUGCUUUCACAUUGAGCUCGGUGGACUAUCAGGGCGAGUUGGCGGGGAUGUCGAGCCCCAGUCCGCAUCCAAUGUCUGUCCCUCAGCCCCCUCCUCCCACUCCACUCGAGCCUCGGCCGUCAUACUUCACGAGAGGAUCCUCGUUCAGGCAUCUCUUUCUAGGCAACUCCGCCCAGCUAGAUCCUGACCAGGAUAACGUGGUGUGGCAGGAGCCAGAAACGUACUCUGCAGUGAUUAGUCGGAAGGAACACCCUCGCGAGCUAACCUCGCUGAUGCCUUUCAGGGAGGUCCUUCGACAUAAACCAAGCUCCGACGCAUCCGUCACCCCAACGCCCUCUAAGCUGGCCACCUCUGGGUCUCCCAAUCCAAAAGCCACGAAGGAAGUGCCGCCGUCCGCGAGGGCAAAACCCGCGGUUGAGCUAUCCAUGCAGGCAGCGGACGGCCGGCUCAGUGGGGGACCAGAGACCGCCGACAAGAUUCUUCACGAUCUGGAGGCAAAUUCAAGCAUGACGGACUCGUGGCGUCAUUCCGGCUCGAACGCUCCUAGCUCUAGUUCCGGAUUUGUUGAGACGCAUAUCCGCCGAGGAAAAACCGCAUCUAUCAUCUCGACUGACAGCGAUGUUACCACCGGGGCAGACAGCAGCUGGAGCCAAGAUGCUACGCCACCGCCACCGCCCCCGAAGGAUGGCAACGACUCCUUGACCAAUUCUUUAGAGAUACAUUCUCAGCCUGCAGUGGAUCCUGGCGUUGGCGCGCCUUCUUCGAUCACUGUAACGCUGACCAGCACCAUAGCCAGUGCUAUGCGAUACAUGUUGAAGCCUGGUGAGAUCCCGCGCGCUCUACCAUCUGCGCCACAUCAUGGGCUGCUGUCGGCGGACUCGCCUGCGAUUGACGAGCGGCCGCACAUCAAAUAUGACUGGACGAUCGGUAAGAGACUGAAGUUCAGCUGUACGGUAUACUACGCCAAGCAGUUCGACGCGCUGCGCCGCCGGUGCGGUAUCGAGACUGUCUUCCUGCGGAGCUUAGCGAAGAGCGAGAACUGGGCGGCCGACGGUGGCAAGAGUCGGUCGAACUUCUGGAAGACGUCAGACGACCAGUUUAUCAUCAAGACGCUAGUGAACGCGUGGAAUGUGGCAGAUCUCCAGGUGCUCAUUGAGUUUGGUCCAUCUUACUUCCGCUAUAUGGACGCGACCGCAGCCAAGCCCUCCGUGCUCGCCAAGUUGCUGGGCUUCUACACGGUCGAGAUCCGCAAUCUCGAGACAGGGGCAACGCAAGCGAAGGCAGAUUUGCUAGUCAUGGAGAACUUGUUCUACAACCAGAAGAUCAAUAAGACGUUCGAUCUUAAGGGUAUUCAGGGCCGGAAAGUGAAGGCAUCGAAUUCCACAUCGAAGACACUUUUUGAUGGCGAAUGGAUUGAAGACCAGAGGAGGGCGUUGACGCUCGUGCGUCCACAUUCCAAGGUCGUCUUUCAGGAAGCCAUCAAAGCAGAUUGUGAUUUCCUUGCUCGUAGCAAUAUCAUGGACUACUCUCUGCUUUUGGGUAUCAACGACGAGAGCAAACACAUCGCUUGUGGUCUGGUAGACACGAUCGGCAGCUAUACCUUCGCUAAGACACUUGAGUACAAGGCGAAACAAGGCCUCAAUGCUGGCAAAGAGGUAACAGUUGUGCCACCGCACGAGUAUCAGGAGAGGUUUGUGGGCGCUAUGGAUGACUACUUCCUAGCAUGUCCAGACAAGUGGUCGCGACCUCUUGACGACACCAACGUCCCUCACGAUUGCAGGCAAUUACCCAGUGUGCUGUGA